AUGAGCCAACAACGAGGAAGAGGACGUGGACAAGGACCUCCGCAGGGACAAAGGGGAGGUUAUCCCCAGGGUGGCCCUGGCCCCAGAGGCCGUGGUCAAGAUUUUGCAGGCCGCGGUGCCCCACGUGGACGAGGCGAUGGUGGGUAUAGAGGCGGCCCACCUGGUGAUAGAGGCAACUUUCCUCGUGGUGGGGGAGGAGGAGGAUUUCGUGGUGGUGGGAGAGGUCGAGGCGACUCCGGCCCGCUCAUCUUUCGAGAAGGGAUUCCAGCCACUCUGCCGCCGCGCCUAUCCGACAACAACCACAAUGCGCUCAUGCAGUCCUUUUCGAGGGCAAAGUUCAAUCCAGACAGGCCCCUCCGCCCAGGAUAUGGGACUCGAGGAACCCCAAUCACACUUCGAGCCAACUUUUUCCCUGUCCGCCUAUCAAUUGGCGUUUUCUAUGACUAUUCGAUGGAAAUCACUCCAAAGACCGAAAUUCGUCGUCUCAAAGACAGAAUCUUCACUUUAUUGGAGCAGAGCCCUCAAGUGAAGCCCAUGUUGAGUCAUAUUGCCCAUGACCGCAGCAUAAGGCUGGUCUCGGCAAGAAAGCUCCCACAACCAUUAACGAUCCGAGUGCCGUUUUAUGAAGACGGAGAGAACGGGCCCAAAGCUGGGGGAACGGUGUACACUGUCGAAAUCAAAUUCGACAAGGAGCUCAACAUUGAGGAAUUGAAAAAGUACCUCAACGCUGAUAUAAACUCUCGGGACUAUAAUGCUGCCCCGUUGCUUUCUGCUCUCAACUUGGUUCUCCAGCAAUUCCCUGCUCGCAAGGGCAUUCGUGUCGCUAGCAACAAGUAUUUCUUCCCGACAUCUACGCAGCCCCACCAUCUCGGACUUGGUCUUAUCGCCUUCCAAGGUUACUACACGUCGGUUCGUCCAACCUACAAAGAGCUCAUGGUCAACGUGAACAAUUGCAUGACUGCCUUCAUUGAGCCCGGCAAUCUCGCCGAUCGACUGUUUCAAUUCAAUACAAUGAGCCAAGGCGCGAUGCCGAAUCUCCCCAAGGCAUAUGCAAAGAGCAUCAAGGUCACAACAAGACAUCUUGGCUAUAAGAUGCGGAAGCCACUCAAAACGAUCUGUGGGACGUCGGCUCGUAACACUUUCUUCAACUGUGAGGAAUUAGGCGGAAGAAUCUCUGUCGAACAAUAUUUUGCCAGGAAGUACAAAAUCCAGAUCAGGUAUCCGACCGAGCUGCCCGUCGUCGAUAUUGGUGGUCCGCAGAAGCACAAUUAUCUUCCUGCAGAGCUUUGCGAGAUCGAGCCUGGAAACCCUUACCGUGGACUGCUCGGCCCAAAGGAGACCGCCGAAAUGAUUCGUGUUGCCUGCAACCCGCCGCGAUUCAACGCCGACGCUAUCACCGGUGAAGGCUUCAAGCUUCUAGGGAUUGACCCCCUCCAGUCACCCGCGAACGGCUUUGGCGUCACUAUUGACACGGAAAUGGCCGUCGUCCCGGGGCGCCAGCUCGCUGCUCCCGGUCUAUCAUAUGCCCGCAAGUCAAUUCGGGCAAAUGCGGGGAGUUGGAAUAUCAUGGAUGUGACUUUCCACCGUGGUGCCGCGGUGAAAAGCUAUUGGGUCCUUGUUGUCCGUGAUGGGCGAGAGAUUGUUUCGCGAGGAGAUGACCCCGAGCUCAAGGCGCUCAUCCAGAAUUUCCAGGCCAAAUUGCAACGCUGUGGAAUGAAGACGCCGUCGGGGGUGCCAAGGCUGAUACCGACUCCACAAUUGCAACGAAUGCAGGAUGCCGGUCGGGAGGAGGCUUUGAGAGCAAUUAAAAAGUGCAUCACCGAUACGCUGGCGGCUGAGCAAGGGAAGAAACCCGAUUUCAUUCUUGUUCUGUUGUCGCACCAUGACAACUUCAUCUACCCUGGAAUCAAGCGAAUCGGUGAUGUCGAGCUUGGAAUCCAUACUGUUCAUAUGCAGCUCGCCAAAGCAAUGAACGAGCCACGGAAACAAGACCAAUAUCUCUCGAACGUUGCGUUGAAAGUCAACUCAAAACUUGGGGGCAUUAACCACCGUCUUGAUCCUGCGGCCACCGGCUGGCUCACGAAACAGAAAACUAUGAUGGUGGGUAUUGAUGUCACGCAUCCCAGUCCUACAAGUCGGGAGGGGGCGCCGUCCAUUGCCGCUGUCGUGGCCAGCGUUGACGACGAUUUCGUCCAGUUCCCUGCCAGUCUGCGACUGCAAAAGCCCGAGCAGAACCGCCAGUCGAAGGAGAUGCUGACGGAGCUGCGCGACAUGCUCGUCGAGCGUUUGCUUGUGUAUGAAAAGAAGAACGGCACGCUCCCCCAGCGCAUUAUGGUCUUCCGUGAUGGCGUUUCCGAGGGCCAAUUCGAUACGGUCAUCCGGGAAGAGAAGAGCCAGAUUCUAGAGGCCUUCGGGAAACUGAGCACCGCAGCACGCGGCUCGAGACCGUAUCGCCCCCAGUUUGCCAUCAUCAUUUGCGGAAAGCGCCAUCAUGCGAGAUUCUACCCAACGGACUCUCAGUAUGCCGCCAAGAACGGGAAUACGCUUCCUGGUACUGUUGUGGACAAAGGAGUUACCGCGGUCUUUGAUUUCGACUUUUACCUCCAAGCACAUGCAGGUCUUCAAGGAACUGUUCGGCCAACGCACUACACGGUCGUUUAUGACGAGCUCAAGUUGACUGCGGACGAGCUCCAACAGGGCUCGAACGACUUCUCUUACCUUUAUGCUCGGGCCACGAAAGCCGUCAGCUUGAUCCCUGCAGCCUACUAUGCGGACCUUGCCUGCGAGCGAGCGCGGUACUACCUGAACGACGUUAUGGACGAUCGCACGACUGUCUCUGGCCGAGGCGGAAAUCGCGACCAGGAACGGGAGCGUGUGUUUGACCAAGCUCGUUUGUCUUGGGGCAGCGGGAUCCACGAGGACUUGCGCGAGUCGAUGUUUUAUAUCUGA